GUGUGACUGUGAGUGUGUAGCUGUGGGUAUAUGAGUGUGAAUGUCCAUCCUUGGAUGCCACUGCGGACUCUUGGCUGCUCUUAUUCAGUCACUGUCCCUUCAGGCCCCACAUCAUGCACGAUGCCUCUCCCCAGCUUCUCCGCCCAGGGCUUAGGAGCCCAUGGGAAAAGGCUUUCCUAAAAGAGGAAGGGUCCUCUGGCCCAGAGCCCAGGAAUGCCACAGGAUGAGACAUCAUCUUCACCCGCCUCUGACUCACCUGGCGCCCCAGGUUAAAGGUAUCCAAUAAAAGAUAGGGGAGACGGAAGAGAGAGAGAGAGACGUAUCCAGGCUGCGCAGCAUGAAGGUGCCCUCACCCACCCUCAGUCUCCUGCUGCUUCUGUUGCUUCUGAUCCCAGACCUGGGAGCAGCAGUGCUACUGCCAUCCAGCACUACCUGCUGUACUCAGCUCUACCGACGGCCACUCUCGAGAAAGCUCCUGAAGAAGGUCAUCGAGGUGGAGCUGCAGGAGGCUAAUGGGGACUGUCACCUCCAGGCUUUUGUGCUUCACCUGCCUCGGCGCAGUGUCUGCAUCCACCCCCAGAACCGCAGCCUGGCUCGAUGGUUUGAGCGCCAAGGAAGGAGGUUCCAGGGGACUCUGCCCAAACUGAAUUUCAAAUAGGGAAAAUGGGCCGGGACGCCCAACCGUCAAAAUAAUAAAGCUGUAUUGAACAACA